AUGGCGAUUGACUUCACCCUUACUCCUGAACAGGAGAAGCUUAAGGCUGCCGCAAGGAAGUUUGCGCAAGAAGUCCUAGUCCCAACGCGUGAGGCCUAUUUGAAACUGCCCACGCAACAGGAGCGCUUCCGCGCCACCAGGGAAGCGUACGCCAAGUGCGUCGCCGAGGGAUGGAUCAAGAUCCAGAUUCCAGAGAGUGAAGGAGGCUCGCGCAAGAGCCUGGUUGACCUGGCCCUGAUCACCGAGGAGUUCUUCGCCGCUGACUCGAGCUUUCCCAUCACUUGGCUCGUGACCGGCUUGGGCCUGGCCCCGAUCUUCAUGUACGGCAACGCGGAGCAGAAGAAGAGAUUCUUGGCCCCCUUCAUCGACUGCAAGGGAGACGCGUUGGCGGCGCUAGGCUUCACCGAGCCCACGGGCAGCGCCAACUACCUUCAGAAUGAGGGCGGCUUGGGCGUGCAGACCCUGGCUAAGAUCGAGGGCGACGAGGUCGUCAUCAACGGCGGCAAGCAGUUUGCGUCAAGCAGUGCUGGGUGGGAUUUUAAGGGACCCGAGAUCUUGACCCUGCUGUGUCGGUUCAGCGACAAAGGAGACCCUAAGGAGACACUAUCCAUGGUGGUUCUGACCCGCGCCGACUUCGAAGCCGAGAAGAACAAAGGCGCCUUCGAGGUCCUCUACGACAUCGAGACGCACGGGUUCCGUGCACACUCAGGUCCGCGCACUAAGUUCACUAACUUCCGCGUCCCCGUCAAAAACAUCCUCGCGCCGCCCGGGAAGGGGGCGAUGGUUAACGUGGCAGCUUUCACGGAGUCGGCAGCCCUAGUGGGUGCCGGUUCUGCGGGCUUGAUGCGAAGCUGCUUCGCACACACGCACAAGAUUGUCACCACCGAGAAGCGCGGCGGUAGCGUCACGACCAUCAACUAUCAGUCCGUCGCCGACUUCCUCAUCAGCAUGAAAAUGCGCGAAGAGACCACCCGCUAUUUCACCUGGAAGGCGUGCCACUACCUCGAGACCACCGGCGAGGCUGAGAUGGCUUAUCAGGCCAAGGUCUGGGGCUCAGAGAACGCCAUCCAGUGCGUGCUCGAGGCCAUGCAGGCCGUCGGCGUCACCGCCUACGCCACAUCGCAACCAUAUGGCCAGAUGAUGGACGACGCCCUGUGCCUACCCUUGUUCGAGGGUUCCAACACCGGUGUCCGACGUCGCCAGAUCCAGAAAAUCUUUUCGCAGGAGGGGUAUGAUCCGGAGUCCUGCGCGAGCGGCAAACCGUGGAGUAAGACGUUGAUGGAUUUCCCCAAGGGAUUCUUGAGUGUGUACACCUGA